AGCGGCUGGACCGGCCGGGGCCGCCAGCAGGCCGGCGGGCGAGGCGAGGCGGUGGCGGGGGGCGGGCUCCCGGCAGCACCAGGCAGCGCUCCUCCCUCCCGUCCCGGGAGCCCCCGGCGGGGUGACAGCCCUGCCGAGCCGAGCCGAGCCGAGCCGUGCCCAGCCGAGCCGCCCCGGCCGGGGCUCCAGAGGCAGCCCGCGCUCCCGCCUCGGCCCUCUCGCUGCCGGGACGAAGAGAGGCGGGACCCGCCACCCCCGCGCCCGCCAUGUGGAAGCUCAACAAGAGCAGCAAAGUUCUGCUGGACGACUCACCCGAGGAGGAGGAGACGCAUCCCCGGGGCCCGCCGCCCGCCGCCUGCGCCGCCGCCGCCUUCACGGCCCCCCAGAAUAAAUACCAGUUUCUUCAAGAUGAAGUUUCAUCUUCAGUGUCACAACUUGCAACAAAGGUUCAAGGUGCAAGUUUCCGGGGUUGGAAGGAGGUGACGUCUAUGUUCAAUAAAGAUGAUGAGCAGCAAUUGCUAGCAGGAUGCAAGUCUCCAAAAUCCAAAGGAACAAACCUCAAGUUAAAGGAAGAGAUGAAGUCUGAAAAGAAACCAGGUUUUUGGGACAGUUUGGUGAUCAAGCAGAAUGUCCCAUCUAGGAAACCAGACGAGAUUGAGGGGUGGGAACCACCACAGAUUGCCACUGCUGACUCUACCAGUGAUGCAGCAGCUACUUUAAGUGACUAUACAGCCUGGUCAGGCUGGGAAGAUGAAACCAAAGGCUCCACAAAAUACACAAACCUGGCCAGCUCAGGAAACAGCUCCAGGUGGAGUAUCAAAUCAGCUGGAAAGCUGGUUAGUAUUAGACGUCAAAGCAAAGGUAACCUUACUGACAACUGGGAAGAACUGGAAUGAUAUUGGUAAUGUGGAUUACUUUAUCAAUAUAAAGAGAGAGGUUCCAUGAUUUACUCGUAUGUUUAAACCAAAAUCAAAUCUGCUCAAUAUUGCACCUUUAUACAGUACUUUGUUUUAUUCAGAUUGUUACAAAUUUUUGCUCACCUGAUAGAAAAUUUUCUUAUUACAUUGUUAAAUAGCUACAUUUUCCACACUGAGAAAAAAAAAAAAGAAAAAAGUAGAGAAUCUAUUUUGUGCCUAUAUUUCACAUUCAGACUCUGCAGUAUGUUGGAUUGUUGGUUUUACCAAAAAUAUAUAUAUAUAUAAUUCUUUAGUGAAUGUAUACACUGGUUGUAAAUUUGACUGCCUUAUGUAGGAACUUCCACUAGCUUGAGGUCUUGAUUUUUUUAUCAUAUGUGAGAGCCAUUCAAAAUUUCAGUUUUGAUGCUGUCCCUUUUUAACUAAGAAUACUGAUCUGUGGCUUGCAGGGAGAGUGCUUAUACUUAGUAGACUGUUUUCCAAAUCUUCAGUCUCAGCAUAUUCUUCAGCUUGUGCACAACAUGCUUAACUGUCACAAUGUGCUAUACUGUGGAUGAAUGGGAAAAUACUAUUCUAAUGUAAUUCCUUCCAUCACCAGUAGUCAGGUCAACUGGGUCUUCCAGAAUUUUUGUUUUGUUUUUAUACUGAAUGUUGUUUGGCAAAGCCAAGCUUCCCAGUCUUUGAGAUGGAUGUUAUGACAAACAUAAAAAUUAUUGAAAAUUUGGAAAGCAGCAGUGAGUAAAGUAUAAGAUCAUCUCAGUAUUCAGUAUCUGUAGUCCUGAACCUAGGGAUAAGUUGCUUCUUAUGGAAGGGCAUAUGUUUUCAUUUUUACAGUAGCUGAUCCUUGUUCUACAAAAACCUUUUUGUUUUGUACUGUGUUGUUUGUUCUCCCCCUGCCCCAUAAGCAAUGAUUGAAUUAUACUUUGCCAUUUCCAGGGUAUCUGAGUACCUGAGUCAUUGCAAGUAUGUGCAUGCACACAACUUCUGAAGCAUUUUUGUUAUAAAGCUCUGUCUUACUAGCUACUGAUAUUUUUUUUUUAGUAAAAGAAGGUGUAGUGUUAAACUUGAGAGUUGAAAUGUAUAUAAGAAUACUAAAAGUGCCUCUUUCUAGCAUAUUGUCUUUCAUUAGCAGUGCAGCUGAUGUCAGAUCCAAAGUUGGUGUCCAUUUUGUUUAUAUGACCUACAUAAAUACUAAUUUAACAUUCAUGGAAAAAAUCAAACCAAAAGUUUCAUAAGAAAUUAACAGUAAGCCUUUUCUCUCCUGAUUGUUAAACUGGUACAACAGAACUGAAGACUUGUUGACUGCCUAGAAAUAUGGCCAGUACAGUCGGAAGAUCAAAGUUAACAUUUCAGAGAAAAUCAGCAUUUUUACAAGAAAGUGUAUACCUUGAGGUAAUGGAUGUCUUUGAAACAUAUUUUUUCAAGAAGCUUAUGCUGAUGAAAAGGGAUGCAUGCCAUUUUUUUCUAAGCUUGUACCUUGUUUCUCUGACUGCCACAUUACUCUUUCUUAGCUCUCUCUUUCUCCUCUCUCCUUGAACUCACAUACGGUUUUCUGGCUCACAGUUCCUGCAUAGUUAUUUUUUGGAGAUUCCUUUUGAGAUGUGCCUGGAGGGAAACUGUAGCAAAAUGUUUUCAGUUGUUUUGUGUUUAGUUUUUUUUGGUUUUGUUGGUUGGUUGGUUUUUUUUAUUAAUAGGAUGUUAAAAGACAUUGUUCUUAAGUUUAUACAAAAGAAAAUCAAAGUUUUGUGCUACAAAACAGGAUAUUUUAAAUGUUUUUGUAAAAUUGGCAUAUAUUAAAAAAAGUACUAAUAGAGGAGAAAGGGUUAGCAUUUAUAUUGUAUCAUUUAGUCUGUGAGUAAACUCUGUAUUUGCCUUUGGCAAGUACGUAUACUGAGGUUAAUUAUAGGAAAGACUAGUAUUCUUGGGUAAAGUAUGCUGCAUUUUAUAGUUUAUGGAGUACCCUCUAAGGCAUGAGCUAGUAUUUAGUUUGGUUGUUGGUGCUGACCUAAAAGAAUGGAAAAAGAUCUUUAAGCAGCCUGCAAUAUUUUGCUCUCAAAGAUGGGCUGAGAACUUUUAAUUUCCCUCCUGAAGAAACUAUUUAUACUGUGACCAGUAAAGGUUUUGCCUUGCACAUUAUACUGUCAAGUGCCUGUUUCUCACCCUGAUGUGUUUGAUGCUCAGCUUCAUGGCAACAUUUUUUCAAUAUUUUUUUUUAAAUGGAUGAUAAAGAGUAUGUCCACAGAGCUGAAGCCUAUUAUAAAACAAAAUUACAUCCAAGUGGGAAAUUGAGAUAUAUAAAUAUAAAGUUUAACUCCUGGUGAUGUAAAUUUUGGUGUGCUUUUAAAGUGGUAUUUCCUCAGAAAUAACCAUUCUAAGGAUGAACAUUAUUAAAUUUAAUAUAAUUUAUUGUUAUGCUUUAAUAAUGUAUUUGUCUUUAAAAACUCACUGGUGUGAGGUUUUUUUCUCUUAUGUUUAUUAACUUGUCUGAAUUUUCAGAAUGGGGUCCUCUUUUCUUUUGCCUUCUUUAGAUGCUUAACUACAUGAUACAUUCAUGGGCUUAAAGCUAUACAUAGCUCCAUAUGUGGAAUAAGUGUAGAAUAUGUCCCUAAAUAUUUCUUUUGAAAUUGCAUUUCAAUCUAUGUGAAAUGGUUUAGAAGAAGGUAGCAUCAAGACUGUAUGAUAAGAUUGCACAAAAUAAAAGGUAGUUUAUCUUGCUUUCUCGUAGCCAAUCUGCAUGAUUCUUGGCGUGGUUUUAACGGGAUUUAAAAGCUUCAUGUGGCUGUAACUAGUCACUUAACUCUAAGCAAAGUUCUUUCUGAGUAUUUUUAUUUAUUAGCAUCAUUUGCAAAAAGAAAAAAAUAGUAUUUUCCAUAUGAAUAAAGAUUUAGUUUGAACUGAAAUGCCUUGUUCUAUGAUUAUUAUUUUUGUUGUCCUAUUUUGUCACAUGAAUUUGUUUCCAUCCGUGUGGAUGUUACUUGCAUCAUUGUAGAAUAUGGCCAAGGCAGUGAGAGCUGUAUUGGUCCCAGCUGGGUGAAUCAUGCUGUGCCAGAAGCUGCAACAUCCUAGAUUUAAAGCAUUUGCAAGGGGAAGAAUUCAUUGGUUUUGACAAACUGCAAAUACUGUGUUUUACUGGUGUUUAUUGAUUUAAACAUUUUUAUUUUUUUUUUAUUUAUUGGCUGUUAUGAAAGCUUGGGCAGAGCAGCAUUCUUCCCUAAAGAUUUCAUCAGCUACGUGUAAACUGGAGGACCUGGAAUGUUUUUGCAUGCACUGGCCCCAUAAUGAGGUGAGACCUGCAUGUUCUGGGCUGGGACAACAGUGAGAUGCAGCCGCUCUUACCAGUAGAGCAGCCGUAGAAAGAGGCAUUAUUGGCACCUUCUCUUUCUUCCACUCUAGUCUGCUGGCCUUCUUGUUGUCUAAACAGGCUCAGCAGGGAACAUUUAGGCAAAAUGUUUCUUACUAGGUCCUGUGAACUACCUGAAACAGAAAAAUGUAUUCAUACAAGUUAACAUUCUUGGGGCAAAACCCUUAUGUCGUGAGGUAUCCAGGUGGGUCAGGUGCACAUCUGGCCAGGGAAAGGGGAGUGGAGGGGCCUGCAUUUCCAGACCCUGGGCUCACAAGGAUCCUGCCAAAUUUUAAUCAUAGCUGUUCCUACAGACCAGGUGAAUUUAGCCUGGCAUCUGUCUCAAUUUCCAAAACUUCCUGAAGUGCUGGUCAAUAUAUAUGAAUGUCAGGUAACAAAACUGUAGGUCCUAUCUUUGUACAGUCUGAAAAGAACAUGAAGGCUCUUGUUGUUUAGCUGUUUCUUGCGUAUCUGAACUGUUGUUACUCAUUACUUUUUUCCUUGAGUUGGUUUUGGGUGUAUCUGGGAGGUGAAGCUAAAAGACUUGUCACUGGUUAUAGUUUGCAAAGGUGUGUAUUGUUAGAUGUCUCUUUGUGUCUCAAAAAUGUGUUGUAGCUUGACUGCUUUGCACCAUACAAGACAGAAAAUCAGACAGAUAGGCCAAGAAUCCAGUUUAGAAAUUGAGAGUUGCAUUUAUUUUAAGUGCAACCAGCAUAACAGGAAAAAAAAAAGCUGCUUCUAUAGUUACAAAGUACUAAACAGCAUUAAAACAAUCAGAAAAUAGGGGAUAUAAAUAAUAUAAAAUUAUAUUAAAACUUAAUAGUAAACAAAGUGUAAGGAGAAGAUGAUUUUUCAUCUGAUAUUUAGUAACUCUUACUGAUACUGAAUAAAGAAAUACCUGCUCUGUAUUUGGGAAGAAAAUUUUCCUGUCAUGUAUAAUAUUUACAAAAAGAUGCAAGAAAGCAAUUAUAUCCUUUUCAGGUUUGUAAUAAACUGGUAAAAGCUUG